GAUCGCAUUUCUUAUCCAGUCAGACGGUCGGAUGACUCAGCUUUGCAUAUUGUUUGAACUUGAACUGACUUUAUUCACAAUAACUACUUUCCUUUUAUUAUAUUAUAAGAUUUGAUAGUAAAUAUCAUUUGCUACUUCUUCAAUAAGUUCGUCAUAAUGCCCUCCAGGGCUGAUAUCACAUACUUCGGCGCCGGGCCGGCCUUGCUACCCACUGCCGUCCUUGAAAACGCCACCCAAGCUCUCCUGAAUUACAACGACACAGGACUAGGAAUUGCUGAACACUCGCAUCGUUCUCAAUAUGCUGCCGAUAUUAUUAACCAGGCAAAAGCCGAUCUGACCACUUAUCUUGAUAUUCCCGAAGACUAUGAAAUCCUCUUCAUGCAGGGUGGUGGUAGCGGCGAAUUCUCGGCUACUGUCUAUAACCUUGUUGGCGCCUGGGUAACUAGGAAAAAGGCUGAAAUUUUGAAGCAGCUAGGUGCUCCGAGUGAGGAGGAAGCUAAUCAAGAAGAGCUUGUAUCAGCGCUCAAAAAGGCCAUCGAUACUGAGCUAAAGCUAGACUACUUAGUAACGGGCGGAUGGUCGCUAAAAGCCUACCAAGAAGCUGGUCGUCUACUAGGCCCAGAGUACACCAAUCUGGUUACAGAUUCCCGAACAGUGAAUCAGGGGAAGUUCGGUAAGAUCCCAGAUGAAAGCACGUGGAAGCUUUCCAAAAAUGCUGCCAUGGUAUACUAUUGCGACAACGAGACCGUGGAUGGCGUUGAGUUCCCUAAGUUCCCCGAUACUCUAAGACCCGACUCCAAUGGCGAAGGCCCCAUCGUCGUUGCGGAUAUGUCCUCAAACAUUCUGUCGAGAAGAAUUCCAGUCAAAAACUUUUCAGUCAUCUUCUUCGGCGCGCAAAAGAACCUUGGCUCGACGGGAGUCACCGUGGUCAUUAUCAAGAAGAGCCUGCUUGCUCCGGCAUGCCCACAGCCUUCAGCGGCGUUGAUGAGAAAACUUGGCCUUCCAGUUCCCCCGAUCAUAUUUUCUUACGAGACUAUUGCCAAGAAUAACAGUUUGUACAACACUCUCAGCAUUUUUGAUGUCUACAUUGCUGGCCAAGUACUCAAGAAGCUGCUCACAACGUUUCCGGAUAAAGUUGACGGCCAACAAGCCGUUGCUGACCAGAAGGCGGAAAUCAUCUACAAGGCCCUCGAGGCACACCCGAAUGUCUACAGGAUCGUCCCGGACAAGUCGGUGCGCUCUAGGAUGAACAUUUGUUUCCGCGCGACUGUGAAUAACGAUACGGAAGGCGCUGAAGCAAAGUUCCUAAAGGAUGCAGCCGCUCUUGGACUCACUGGUUUGAAGGGGCAUCGAAGUGUGGGAGGCAUACGCGCUAGCAACUACAAUUCGAUCCCGCUCGCCGGGGCCCAGAAGCUAGCAGAAUUUAUAAACAACUUCGCUCAAACUCAGGGUUAAUAGUCCUGAGUAUGAUGACGGUGCCAAUGAGUUCGGCCCUGGCAACCCGUAAACCCGGCACGGAGGACACUGAGGAAGCAUAGCGAAUAAUACGACUCGCUCUAACAUCAACAUUUGUCUAGAUUACUACGAGUUUGAGGUGUCGGUUGCUUUCGCACGGCAUGGCAUGGUAAAUAGGGUGAUUAAAAGCAUUCAACAUGGGGGCUGGUAAAGGAAAAGAAAACUUCAACUAUAGAAAUCCUAAAUAGGUAGGCUAGACAUACAAUAUGUACUUUCAUCUAGGCGUCACCAUUUAAU